AUGCCGACUUGCAUCAUCUGCCUUGACGUCCUGAAGGACCCCGCCGCGCUGCCUUGUGGGCAUGUGUUUUGCCACCGCUGUAUCGUCCGGAUCGUCCGAAGUAUCACGCCCUAUACCCAUAACCACUUCUGCCCAACGUGCAAGCAACCAUAUACCAUCUCCCAAGUGGACCCUGCGUUGGUCCCCCACCACCUUCAGCACCACGUCACCCCCGCUGUCCGUAAGCUGCAUCUGGAGUACAGCAUUCCCAGCUCAUCGAAGAGCACUAUAGUUAGCUCUUCUGAUAGCUCCGAAUGCGACAGGCUCCGCGCGGAGGUCGCCUCCCUGAGGGCAUGCUGCGUCGUUUGGCGAAAGCGCGCUGCCGUGCAUGCUGCUGCCACAUUAGGCCUCGUCGGCCUCGCGAGGAUCACUCGUGACAGUGCUCUAAAGAUGAGAGCGGAGAGGGAUGCCAUGGAAACAAAAUACCACGAGCUGAAGAAAAGCUUUGAGGAGUCUCAGUCUCAGUGA